AUGAUUAGAAAAUUAUUUUCGAAAACCCUCCCAUUUAUUAGACCCUAAUUUUACAUUAAUCAUAUCUUUGAUACUCAAGAUUAGUUUAAGAAGUUUAACAGGUCAAGUAUCGAGAGUAUUAAAUCCUCCGUGAAUCCCUUGCCCUCUCCAAGUGAAGAGGCCCGACUUUAUAUGGAAGAAAAUGAAGUAGAUGUAAGAUUUUUGAAAGUCCUGAAAUCCUUUGACAAAAUAGAUGUCAAAUAAAUCAAUUGGGAAGGAGAUUUAAACAAAGAUUUAGGUUUAGAUAGUCUUGAAAGAAUUGCUUUGAUCACUUCAAUUGAGCAUGAGUUUACAGCAAUCUUUGAGGAUAGAGUUUUUGAUAAUUUAAAAUCAUUGCAAGACAUUAAAAACCAGAUCUUAAAGGACGAUUCAGCAUUUUGAAUAAUAUUUUAUGAAAAAGAAUUUAAAAACAUCCAUAUAACUAUUUUCAAA